UCAGUGUAACUUUUACAUGAAAGAUGCGGUGUAUCGUGAUGUCAGAACGUCCGAUCAUGUAUCUAUUACUCACAAAACUAUAUCAAACAGACUUCAGGACCUUACGGAUUUACUACUGAAGUAUUCGGAAAUACAACUAUUAUCUAGUUACAAAUUGAAUACCAUUAAGUUGAUGACAAAUGGUGUUUCAACUGUGGUUCAGAAGGAUCAAGAAAAAUUAUGGAAAAUUGUGUAUUCUGAAGUUCCAAGAAUUUCAGGAAACCAUUCUCGAUUACUCUUAACUUACAUCUGUUAUUUGCUUACCACACAAAUGGAUGAGUUUGAUUUAAUUUGGACACAGCUUAAGGAAAUUGAUAUGCAUUGUUGGGUAAUAGAUCCAAGUAAACCAAAACCGUAUCACCUUUAUCGAAGAAUAUAUCUUACACAGUCGUUAUCUGUUCUGAUAACAGUCGAUCCUCACUUUUCAAUAGGAAUUCCAAAUAUACAGUUUGUUGGAAGUGAAUCUAUUGUGUCACAAUAUCGUAAAAAACUUUCUGACAUAGCACAGAAAUGGAAUCCUGACCGUACUUUGCUACAGAACCUGUCUGUGUUACUUGAUAUAAAUCAAUUUCCUCAAGAGCCAGUACUCAGAGAUGUAGAGGCGGAGGAAGGCUUAUUAGCCGACGAAGAGUGUUGCAUAUGCUUCCUCAAAGAAUCAGACGAUGGCCAGUUUCCAAAUAUACUCUGUAAUAAUGGGAAGUGUAAUAAACACUAUCACUUAAGCUGUUUACAAAAGUGGUUGGAGACUAAUGGGAAUCAGCCUGUAUUCGAUCAGAUUCAUGGAAAAUGUCCGCACUGCAAUGAAAACAUAUCAUGUAAAUUGUGAAGUUUACUCGCAUUUAAAAAUGCAACAAAAGUGUUAUUUUAUAAGAAAAGAAAAUUUUCUCGCAUUUAUAAACAAUAUAUUUACAUGAUUUGAUGUAAAUAAUAUUCCAUUUAUUGUGACGGAAUAUUUGAUUUCCAGCACAAAUAAUAAAUUCAAUUAAAUAAUUCA